AUGAUCACGGAUCUUAAUCAAGAUAAUGAUGAUAGUGAUAGUGAUCGAACAGAAAGUUAUACACCACCACCACUGGAUAUAACAAAUGAUUUAAAUAAUAGUAGUGAAAAAGAAAAUAAUCUAAAAGAAUUUCGUACAAUUAAAGAACAAUCAAUUAUAGUAUUAGAUGAUAGUUUUAAUCAAGUAAAUAUUUCAACACAAAAUCAUGAACAAAGUAUUUAUAAUUAUUGGGAUCAAUGGCCCAUGAUUAACAACGAAAUAGAUGAUGAUGAACAUUUAAAACUUUAUUCAAUACCUGAUAUCGAUAUUCCUCCUUCUCCACCAACAACACAAAAACAGACUUUUACAACUACUGAAACGAAUAUUCUUGAUAUUUUAACACAACCUUUAUCAUUAUCAAAAAUUAGAAAUUCUCCAAUAAAAAAACCAAUUACAAAACGAAAGAAAAAAAAGAAACCAAUAUCGGAAUAUCGACCACCAUCACCAUUUUCACCUAAACCUGAUUAUAAAUCAAUGAAUAUUGAACAAAUAAAAAAACACGCAAUGAAAUAUGGUCUAUCAACAAGUCUAUCAAAAACACGACUUAUUAAAGUUCUUGAUGAAAUUUAUAAUGUUACACAUCAAUAUGAAACUGAUACAGAUUAUGAAUAUGAUCCUAAUGAUAUUGAUCUUCCAAAUGUUAUAUCAGAUAAGAAAGAUUUAUCUCAUACUCCACCAACGCCAGCAAUUGUUUCUAAUAUAAAAAAAGCAAAAAAACGACCAGCUGUUCAUCAAAUGAGUUCUUCCGAUGAUAUCGAUGAACAUUCGCCACCACCCGCAAAAAAACGAAGUCCAAUAACAACAGCAGAUAAUCAUAAUGAUGAAGAUAUUACUGAUCAUGAAGGUCGUUUUCUUGAACUUACAGUUUAUGAACUUUCAUCAACAACAGCAUCAUCAUCAUCUAGUUCUUUAUCAAUUAUUGAAACUCCGCCUAAUCAACAUUCAAGACCAUCUUCCAAUGAGAAUUCUGCUCAAUCGAAUGUAACUAAAAAAUCUCCAUUAAAAUCAACAACACCCACAUUAACAACUGAUUCUGAAAAAAAACCAUCGAAAAAAAAAGCUUCAAAAAAACCUAAACUUGAAACUCCAACAAUACCAUUAAAAGAUAUCGUUCGUAGUUAUAUUGAAUCAAAUUCAACAUUACAUGCUCGUGUACUUUGUUAUGAACCAAUUGAUUUCGAAGAAUUUCAUAAACAAAUUAAAAUUGAUCUUAAUCUCAAAAUUGUAUCGAAAGAUUUAAUGAAAUGUCUCGAUGAUCAAUGUAUUACAUUCACAUUACGUUCAAAGAAAGGCGCUUUUACCAGUGUGAUGAGAGCUAAACGACGCAAAUAA